CCCAUUUCCUUCUUCAGCGCGUCUGAUUCCGCACUUCAACUUGCCACGAGCGCGGGAGUGCAGUUCGUGCACGACAUCGCGGACUCGGACGGAGACGCCGUCAAGAACCAGAUCGCGGCGCUGCUGGCCGACCCGGAGAUCCCCAAGGCGCUGGCCUUCGUGCACGUCGACGCCAAGAGCUCUUCUGACCACUGGGUGCAUGGGCUGGUGGCAGAGCUGGCCACGCAGCAGCAAGGGGACGGCAGCAGCACAGUCUUCGUGUCGGUCGUGCAGACGGCCCGGCAGCGGGUCUUGGAGCCGGCGGAGCCACACCCUCUGCGCCCGCAGCAGAGCUACAGGAAGUGGGACCACAAGUACCCGCAGCUGGAGGACGAGGAGGCUCCAAGGCGCCUCGUGUUCGCCAGUUUGUACCAGGACCAGACGCGUCGCGACGGCGUGCAAUCGUUCACCGAAGAGGAGAUCGACAAGCUCGGGGCCUACGGAGCCAUGGAUGCGCGGGUUUUUAUGAAGGAGAUGGCGUUCCGCCUCGGAUGUGCCCCCAAGUACGGCGCUUGA